GGCCAAGGCCACUAGUGCUGGAGGCCUUGGGGGAUUGUUGGGAGUCUGAUGAGGGCUCAGACCAAAGCAGGUGGCUAUUGGGUGAGUGUAGAGGCCAGAACUGAUCCAUCCCGCCCCUCCCCUUCCAGGGUCUAACUCAAGAGCCCACUGCACGACUCCCCAGGGCAGCUUGUCCCUGGGCAACUCCCCAGGGCUUUUGAAAGGAAAAGCUACUUUCGAGUUUUGAAAACCUAUUGACAGAAGGGCCCGGGGCUUUGUGCAGCCACUGUACAAACCACGUCCCUGUGCGCUGUAGAAAGCCAGUUCCACAACAGGCGUGGUCAGCAUGGAAACUGGCGUGGUCUGCUGCUGAGCGGCCAUUUGUUUGUUAGUCGCACCUAGGAGACCUGCUCAGGGACGGGAUCCCCCGUGUAGGUGAACAAAGAGACUGUCCCUGCCCUAAGGCACCGGUGGUCCUGUACUGUGUGCACUAGACACCUGUGGGCUCUUUUAGAACCUGUUCGUAUUGUGGUAGCUGCCUCCCAGCCCAAGUAGACAGACCGGGGCUAGUAGGCAGUGGGGGAGGCUAGCCACCUGAGCUCAGACCCAACCGGCCCCUGGAUCUGAGUUCCGGUGGUUGUGGAGCAGGACCCCAUUGUGCUAGGUGCUGUACAAAUGUUAGCAAUCUCGUUCUUGUUUUCUCAGCAUUCACUGAGCUGCUCUGGCACCCAGCAAGGCUGGGGAUGGGGUCUCCCAGCACGCACUUCAGGAGGCGUGGGAGCUCAGUCUAAUUUCGAGUCGGUUAAGAGAUGACUCUUCUGGCCAGUGAUACCCAGGGAGACGUUACCUGUGAUUCAGGGUCUGUAACUGAGCACCCCAGAGCCUAGCAGGAUCCAGGGGCUUCCACUCCCAGAUGAAGUUAACAUCAAAUGGGAAAGAAGACAUAACUUCUCGAGGGUGAUUAACUGCAGGAGCAGUGUAGGCAGGGAUGGGGUCAGUUGCUUGGAGUCUGUAAAUGGAGCUUGGGGAGACACACUAGUUCAACAAGUCACUAGACUGCUCAAACGGCGAUCCCACCUGUAGGGAAGAACAAUUCCCUCCAGUGCAGGAGCGGCUGGGUGACUGGCUCUGGCCUGUGCCAUGCGGGAGGUCCGACAGCACCAUCAGCAUAGUCCCUGCUGGCCUUAAUUCAGUGAAAGACCGAGAAUGAGGCCUUGUAUUGGACAAAGGGACUUCAAAGCCAGGUGCUUAUUUCCUGCUGAUGUGACCACAGCGCUUGCUUAUCAAACCUUGCCACCUGCAUUACUUUGACACAGACCUUGCACUGGCCGUAGGAGCGGGCGUGUUCUGCUCCGUGCAUCCCCAUCCCAGCCAGUCUCUCUGCUGCCUCGUGCCCCGUUGGGCGGUGCCGUGAUUGGGAACAGCACUCCAGGCUGGUGUUUGUUCCAUUCUCCGCAGCAAGUUGUGUCUGCAUCCCACCUGGCAAUUGGCAUGGGGUGGGCAGCAAAAUCCUUGCAAUCAAUUCCCCUCCUUCCCCACAGCUGCUCCCGGGCUCUGCACACCCAUAAAUCAGUCCAGUCCAAGCAGCCUGGACUUGUGAAAAUGCUUCCCAUGAGCCAGGCAGUACAAGUAACACCUUCCACAUCGGGCUGCUCGCCCUUCCUGGCUGUGGAGGUGAGAGCUUUUAAUAAGCGCUUUGGGGCCUCUUGACGAUCCAUGCUAAAGAUGGACGGUGUUUGGAGGCUUUAAUGAUGUCUUUAGGGCCUUGGUGAACGCAAACACCAUCUUAAUGAAACAGGCGGUCUGCCAGUAAAUCUUUCUGGCUGGAAUUCAGCAGAUUUAACCAGUGACACCUGCUCUCAGGGGGUGGAAAGCAGCUCGGAAGAAAGGUGGUGAUUGAGGAUUCAGGGAUGUGAUUGUUUGGUGUUGGGGGACCCUGCCAUGUUUCCGAGUGUCUGUCUCCGCCACACACCGUUUGAACCAACAGCCUCAGACUGGGGCUUUGGCAGGUAAAGGCAAAAAUUAGCUCCUGCAUGCAAAACCUGUGUGCGUUUCCAGCCCUGCAAGGAGCUCUGUUACUGGAACAGAGACAUGACCACACGCCCUGGUCCGGCAGAGCCUGCGCUGCACGGCUGCUCUUUGUGUUGGAGGGAGAAGGCCUCCGAGCUCUCCCUGCUCAGGCUGUGGUUGUUUUAAACUUAGAAAUACCAAACCUUGUCCCUGCUGCUGCUGGAGGUCUGCUUGGAGGAGCAGAGAACUGGAGCUCAGCAUCCUCGGAUCUCCACUGACUGGGCAUGGGUUUGGAUUGAAAACUGUUAAUGCUGGAGUGUUAAACAGCCUGAGUAAAAAUCCCUUCUCUCCACUGCUCUGGCUCUAGGCCCACGCAAUGUCCUAAUCUUGCUAGUUCUCAGAUUCUCUGAGGGGUCCUCCGGCAAAACAAUAGGGGAGAAAGUGAUCAGAUUGUUUGAUUUGUUCUGUUUUUAGUGUAUUAAAAAAGCAGGAAUAACAAUAAAGUUGCUCUUUAUACAUAAGAAAGAAGUGCAAAAAAAAAAAAUGCGGCCAUUUAACACAAAAGUCCUUCUCCCUGUUGUGGUAGCAGCAGGAGUGAAUCCAGAGCCAGCAGUCCUGGCUCCCAUUCCUGGUCCUGGGAGAGGGGUAUGGUCCAGUGGUUGGAUCAGGGAAAAUGGGAAUUUAGACUGCUGGGUUAUGCCCUGACUCAUUGUGUGAACUUGGGGAAAUUAACUUUCCCUUUGUCGCCAUUUCCCCAUCUUUAAGAGGGGCAGAAUAUCUCCCAUCUGGGGAUGCUAAGGUUGUUUGUCUUUAUAAAAUGCUUUGAGACCUGCAGGUGGAGAGCUCUACAGAAGGGCAAAGUAUUUGGAACAACUUCCAAAACUACACGUAAUGGACCUGAAAAAGCCAGCGUUGUGACGACAGGACAAACAGCCACCAGCCAUGGACUUACCAGGACUCCGGUAGCAGGGGUUUGCUCAGGAAAGUGACAAGGUCAAGACAAGAGCAGCUGCCUGGGACUGCAGCUUCAUCCAGCUGUUCCCUGCAAGGGGCACCCACGCGCGCUGGAGAGGGGAGUCCUUUUGGCUUGGACACACCACAGGCUCCCAGCUCACAGGCCAGGGAGCUGGGAACCUCUCCGCAGAAGGAGCCACGCACAGAGGAGCGGGUUUGUAGAGCUGCAUUUCGAAUACAGGCAGGAUGGGGUGUGCUGGGAAUUCCGACAUCGGGCCUGCUCCUGCACCACGGAAGUUCAGUUCCUGACUUCGGUGGGAGCAGGAUCAGGCCCGUCGGGCAAGGCCAACAUGUAGUGGAGGAGAACGAGUGUCUGGACUCAUGCAAAGCGUGAUUCCAGUGAGACUUGGGGGAGUCUGCCCGGUGACCAAACGAGAAGCUGCCAUCUGACUAGAGCGUUCAGCUCCUGUGCUGCAGCCGCAGACCCUAGCUCGCUGGCUGAACCAACCCCCCGUCCUGAGGGAAGUUUCCAGCUCCCCAUUCUGUCCUUCUUUCUUGGUGAGCAAAGCCGCCUGCCCAUGGGAGGGUGCUGGAGUUCGGGGAGCCUGUCUGCCCUUCAGACAGUCACACGUGGAGGUUAGCGGGGAGAAAUAACCACUAACCGCAGCAACAGGGCUGGUGUUGGACAAGGCCCAGGCAAAACCAGCCCUGCUCCAAAGAGCUUCGGGGUGCUUUCCCGAGCGCAGCAGAACCUGAGGGUCUCUGGCCUCCUGGACACACAGCUAGAGCCACCGUCCCUCAGCCGUGGACACUGGGCUCCUGCGCCUUCUCCCACUUUCCUGCCGUGCUUUGAGUAUUUUAUUCUCCGAGGCCACUCCCCGACCCCCAGUACGUUUCUCUAGUGGUCACUCUAAUUAAAUCUGCCUCUUUGAAAUUAUCCAGCUGCUCUUGCCUUUACUGGGCUCUUAGUGCUAUGAAUCCACCACUGGCCUGGAACUACAGCUCCCGGGGUGUCUGCUGAGAGGCUGCCUUGCUCUCCAGCUAAGCAGGAGGCCGGGGUGCUGUUCCCUGAGCAGUCACAGAUCCCCGCUGGAGAAACCGUGGGGGAUUAGUAUUUGCUCUGGGAUCCUACAGGGCUUUCCCAUCAGGGAGCUUUGUUCCCUCUGUGCCUGGCUUUCUAGUGGUUUUGUCCCCAGGAAGCUGGAAGCUUUGUUUCUGGGGCUCAGAAUUUCUCAGCCUGCCCUGUGAACUUGUUACUCAUCCAGCUUCUGUGCACCAACCCCCCGCAUUUUCCUCUUGGGAGCAGUGCUGCGGACAGUUCUCUGAGCACUGCACCUUAGCGCAGCUGCUUUCUCUGAGGCCUGGUCUACACUACAGACGUAUGGCGGUAUAACCACAUGGCUGGGGGAUGUGUCUGGAAAAUCCCCCCCCGUGACAGUUAUACCGACCUCGCCCUGAUGUAAACAGUGCCAUCCAUGGGAGGGUAGUAGCGUCUUCACUAAUGCAUCGCAGCUGCACCCAUCGCGCUGCAGGUGAAGACGAGCCCAGAGGUGCCGAAUGCCCAGCUAACUUUGCCCUUUGAUUUCCAGAACAGAGCGACAGGGAGGGAUGGCUCAGUGGUUUGAGCCUUGGCCUGCUAAACCCGGGGUUGUGAGUUCAAUCCUUGAGGGGGCUAUUUAGGGAUCUGAGGCAAAAAAAUUGGGGAUUGGUCCUGCUUUGGGCAGGGGCUUGGACUAGAUGACCUCCUGAGGUCCCUUCCAACCCUGAGAUUCUAUGAUUCUAUGACAGGGCCUGCUGCAGCUGAUCUCCGCUUGACAAGGCACAUCAGCGUUGCUAUGACCUCCAACUCCAGUGCAGGGAACAGCUCCAGCUCUGUGCUAAGUGACCUCUUCCUCCUCCAAUCCAGGAGGCUCUUUGCUUCCAUCUACUUUCUCAUUUUCCUGCUGGGCAUGCCUGGGAAUGUCCUGCUGCUCCUGGUCCUGAUCCCAGACCUCAUGAGAACCGGUGCCAGCCACCUCUCCCGCUUGACUGGGCCCCUGCAGGUCAAUAUUGCUCUCCUGGACCUCCUCCUCUUCCUCUACAACGUCCCAGUGAUGUUCGGCAACAUGCUCUUUGAGAGCUGGCGCUUGGGCUACGUGGUGUGCGUCACCUACAACAGCCUGUCCCUCUCCAUCAUCUUUGCUGAUUUCUACAGCCUGUUGGCGGUCUCCCUGCUGCGCUACAUGGCGGUGAUCCACCCCACGCGCACCCUGGCUGUGUCCCAGAGGCUCAUCGGCUGGGCCUGCGUGUUUAUAUGGGCACUCAGCUUCCUCUUCUCCAUCCCCUUGUGGAUUCACUACACAACGGUGGAGAUGGAGGGGGAGACGUACUGCGUGAACCAAAUGCCCAAGCAGCAGCUGUCUCUUUACUUCAGGCUCCUGGGGGGCAUGGCGUUCCUCCUCCCCAUGCUAGUGAUGAUCCUCUGCUACUCCAGCAUCAUCUUCACCUUGUGGGUUAGGAGGGGGCUGGCCAUCCACACGGCCUCCAGCCUCCAGGUUAACAGGCGUGCCACGGUCGUGGCUCUGGUCACCGUGGUGACCUUUGUGGUUAUGUGGGUCCCCUACUGGCUGGUGGUUUUCCUCAUGAAGGAUGGUGAGUUGCUCACCACAGGCCCCAGGUACCUGGCGUCCAACCUGACCACCCUGCUGGCCUACGCCAACCGCUGCGUCAACCCCAUCAUCUGCUUCAGCCUCUCCAGCCAGUGUCAGGCCGGGCUGAGGAAGUUCGUGAGGCGGACGGGGUGCUGCCUCUAGCCAAGGUGCUCCACGGACACGGCCAGGAUGGAAGGUGCGGGUGGCGAGGGAGGAGCGCGGUAGGGGCUGACGGGGCUGGGACGAGGAAGACAUCGAGAAGGUCUGACGCUCUCCGUCCUAGCUACGUGUGCCCAUGCCUGCUCCGGGCCCUUUCUCGUGUGCCUGGGCGGCACGUAGAGAGGGUGAGCUGGGCCUCAUCACUCAAGCAUGAGCCUCUACUGCCUGUAGGGCCAGAGGUCCCAGGUUCAGUCCCCAUGGCUGCUGGGCGUGUAAUAUUGCACACGCUGGAUUAGCUCUUAACCCCAGAUUGUGCCAUCCCCAGACGGCUCUGUAGACACCCGGCCUCCCAGAGGCGGUGAAGAUGCCAGCAGGGCGGGACUGACUGGCUGAGAACCAAGCACAUCCUGUUGUAUGGGGUAAGCUGCUGCCUCAGCCUGGCUGGGCUGUCUUGGUGCUAGACAGGAAGCUCCGUGGGGCCAGGGCUGUCGGUCCUCAUGCCCAGCCUGGCUCGAGCAGAGGCGAGGGGCUGGAUGCAGCAAUAGGUGGUGGGCUCUCGGGGCUGCGCUCUGCAGGAGCUCAGGCUGCUGAUUGUCAGCGUCCCGUCAAGCUUUAAAAUCUGAUUCUUUAGGCGUUAUUGCACCGUGACGUUAGCAAUAAAUCAAGGGCCUGGCCCUGCCCUCGCGAGAGAGGCCGUAUCAUCUGGUUCUUCUCAUGGGUUAUGGUAGCGCCCAGGAGCCCCAUGUGCCAGGCCCGGUGCGAGUGCAGAACACACCGUCAGCUCUUUGGGGCAGGUGCUAGCGAGGUAAACGAGGAGCUCCCCCAGCCUGCCCCUCCCCUCACUCACUUCGCCCAGCCUUGACAAGAAUUUUGGUCUCUGGUAUGUGCUGUAGAUUUAGAUUUGCCCCUAAUUCUAUAGCAGCUUCAUUACCAAAUGCGAAUAAAAACGAGUGAGGGACAAGAACGUUUCCUUGUCCAGUUCG